AUGGCAACUCCAGUCACCUCAACGCCCUUGUCAGAGGCAUCGACAUGCACGAAUCCAGGAACUGCACUUUCAAAACGGGUCCUCCCUCUAUCUCCAGACACAACCCGCGAGUCCGAGAACCGUCGGAAGGCGUCAAAGGUCAGCCGGGCUUGCGAUCACUGCAAGCUCAAGAAGCUCAAAUGCUCGGGCACGCUCCCUUGCGCGGGAUGUCUCAAAAGACAGGUCGAGUGUCAAUAUGACUCGCUGUAUCGAAGAGGAAGGCCGCCGACUCCGCCUACUGUAGAUGCGCACAGAAGGUCAAUGAGUUCUAUCCAGUCUGAUGCAAAUCGUCAGCAGUCGAGACCUGCUGAUAAUAAUCCCGAACAGAACACUACACGGUCCUCUUCACAGGGCCCUCCAGGUCUUGAGACGGCGGAAAUCGAGGGCCAAUUCUUUGAUCCAACGUCAAACUUGACCUUCAUUCACCGUGCUUGGAAGAGGCUGGCUCAGCAGAACCAACAGACAGACGCAGGACUGUUGACAGGGUCAGAGAACCUACAGCCUCUUAUGUCAGCGGGCGACAAGCCCUUUACCACUCGGGGAGACCAGAGUUUGAUGUUUGUUGACCAAGCAGCGGCUUUUGCGCUUUUCGAGUAUUACUUUGAGAAUUGCGUUGUGACGUAUCGUGUGUUGAACAGACAAUAUUGCCAAGUAUGGCUGGAAGCCGUCAUCAACAAUUUCCACACCGGACAGUCGCUAGAUACAGGUAUUGGACAUGCAAAGGCCGCUAUCGUCAUCACCACCCUCGCCAUCGCCUGUUUCCGCCAGCAUAGAAUCUCGGAAUCGACUUCACUACCUGGAGGAAUAUCACUGCUCUCACAACAGAGUGAGGAAUACUUUCUCGCAGCGUCAGACCUCACAGCCCAAGAGACGGGACUGCCUCGACUGGAAUCAGCACAGGCGCGUGUUCUGCAAGUUCUGUAUCUGUUACAGACAUCUCGGAUGAACCAGGCCUGGUAUGUUUUUGGUAACACAGUUCCUAUCGUGACAGCAUUGGGUCUGCACAGAAAGUCAACGCAGUAUAGAAAUGGCGGCCGUCAACCAGUUGACUACAUAUCAUCCGAGUGUCGCAAGAGAACAUUCUGGGUUCUGUACACAAUUGAUAAGUAUCUCGCAGUUGUUUUCGGUAGGCCUCGGUUCUACCACGAUGAUGAUGUAGAUCAAGAGUUUCCGGAUAGAAUCAACGACGAAGACAUGACACCGCAGGGACCAUCACCCGGGGAACCUGCCAUGGAUUGCCACAUCGACUCUCUUGUCUUUCAUGCGAGAAUCGCAAUUAUCAUCGAGAACGUAUCGCGCAAGGUCUAUUCCCUCAAGAAGAUGCCGGCCGAAGAACGUCUCGCAGCUGCCCAAGGCUUCAUACAGCAACUCCACGAAUGGCGUCAAGCCUUACCUCACCAUAUCGGAACAGUACGUCCCUCAAGCCUGAUACCGACAUUCUCUCGCCAAGCAACAGCCUUGAAGCUCGCUUACUGUCACGCGGUAAUGCAUACUACACGACCCUUUCUCCUCGACCAUUCAGACGACUGCAGUCCUGCGCUGCGCGCCUGCGUGACACAGUGCAUAGGCGCAGCUAAACUGGCUCUCGAGAUCGUCGAUGGCAUGUUCUCUGAAAAGUCGGUCCUGUUCCAUGCGCUGUGGUGGAUGCCAUAUGUGACCUUUUGUGCAUUGGCAGUUGUGUACGUCUGGGAUAUCCAGCAGAGAAGCAACGAAACUGCAGAUCCUGGAAACACGUCGCUUUUUGACCUUGCAGAAAAGUGCCAGAACCACUUGGCUAGGACCAUCGCCGUGGAGUCAGCAAGCCGAAGAUACAGCAUCAUUAUCGAGGAGCUGCGUCAGGAAGCGAGACAAGGUCCGCAGCAUGCCACGAGACCAUCUCAAAUGGUACAUUGCCAACAAGAGUCACUUGCCCCCAGUGAGCACGAAUCUGGCAUUAGUAUGGAUGAGCUUGGAUCCAUGUUUGAAGAUCAGGAUGGGUCCAGUUCUGGCCUUUCUUCCAUCAUGAACCCGCUAAGUCAAUGGCAACCGACGGACUGGCUGGAUCUCGAUUCUUCAGUAUGGAUUCGAUCUCAAAGACUGUAG